AUGGAGGCGGCGGACGGCGGCCUGCUGGUCUCCGGCGUGGUCGUGGAGGAGGCGCUGGUCCGUACGAAGCCGCCGGAGGCACCGGAGCUCCGACGAUCAGCGGAGUUGCCCGCCGAGGGCGCUGCCUGUAGCACCUUCAAGCGCAUGGUCAAUGUCAGAGUCAGUAGCAUGGACCAGAUCGCAUUGGUCGCACAGUCCAUCAGCAAAAGGAGCAGUCGCCGCCUCCUGUCUGCGGCUGAUGCAGAGAAACGCAGCUUCAACGAGCUGUGGGUGAGGUUGAACGACGUGACGUCGCCCUCGGUGCUUGAGAGCCUCCAGCUUCGAUCAGACGGCGGGCUUGACGAGAGGAGGUUGGCACAGUUAUGGGAUGAUAAUUUCUACAACCUGUCGUUCAGAUGUUUCUCGUCGGUGAUGGCGCUCGGGAUGAUUGUUUUCAAUUUCGUUUACACUGCAAUGCUGGACUUGGAGGCUGUGCUGUCUGACGAGAGGCAACACGGAUUCCACAUCCUGAACGCCGCAAUUCCCGAGGGCGAUAUACCUCUGGCGAGUGGUUCGCCUGGUGUGGUGAUGUCCAUGGAACUGUUGUAUAUGACAUAUAUGUACGCCAGUGCGUGUUUUAUGCUUGCGUCCGCCAUCGUUCACCCUGGUCUCCAGGAGAGGCAUCGCUGGAGAAUUGUGGCCAAGUUAACCUGGGAGAAGUUACCACAACUCAUAACUGCUAGUGCUAUGCGGUCCUUGUGUCAUGUGCAUCCUACUGUGUUUUAUCACGAGUUGUCAGGCUGCCUCGAAGAAGCGAGUGAGAAUUUCAAGGCCAAGCUCAAGUGGUCCGCUGUGUCCGAUCUGCUGAAAUUCGUUUGUUCGCGCAUGUUUUUUCUUUGGCUCGGCCUCGAAGUGUUUCUGGUCAAGUUCCGAGCGACCGCGCACCUGGUGGAUCAGGACACGGCCACCACCAGGAACAUCUUGGCGGCAGCCCUGUUUCUGUUCCAGGUGAUGGGCACAGUCAAUCUCAAGUCGACCAUUCGUGACCGCCUCAAUCCAAUUAUCUCUUCGUCUUCGGCGGGCGGGACAGCGUGCUCACCAUGA